AUGCCAUACUACAGAGAAAGAACUUCUGAAUUAUGGAAUCAUUUUGAGCCUGUAGAAGGUGAUAAAGCUAAAUGUGACUACUGCAGUAUGAAAUUGAGUACUGCAGGUGGAAGCUUGAAUAAUCUAAAAAGGCAUUUGUUAGCAAGGCACCCAACAGUGACUAUUAAUAGGAACGAAUCUAAUCAGCAAAGAGGUACUUUCAUUUCUUUAUUUGUCAUGCUUAAUAAAAAUAAUAAUAUUAAGCUGCCUCAUACUGAACAUGAUAUACAAACAAGCAGUACCUCAACUAUUUCUUUUAGUUCACCUAACGUGACACAGACUAGUUUAGUUAUGGCUUCCAUUCUAUCGUCAGAAUGUCGACCACUUUCAGUAACUAAAAAAAAACAAUUAGAUGAACAACUUGCUAAAAUGAUUGUGAAGAGAUAUUAUCCAUUUGCACUUGUUGAAGACCCUGAAUUCAAAAAAUUUUUAAAUAUGUUAAAUCCUUCAUAUACAUUGCCAAGUAGAAAGACCGUAUCUAACAAUAUUAUACCAAGACUUUAUGAAAGUUCCAAGAAUGAUGUGCAACAUUUAAUUGAUCAAACUAUAGCUGUGUGUCUAACAACAGACUGUUGGACUUCAAAGGAGAACACAAAAUUUGAUGUACGACAUACAGGUGACAAUAUAAGUGAAAAACUUAUUACAACUAUGAGAAAUUGGAAUAUUACUCAUAAAGUAACAGUUAUUAAUGGUCUUAAGCAUAUUUCAUCUAUCACCCAGAAGGUUAAAAUUAUAGUUGAAUACUUCAAGCGAAGCCAUCAUGCAUUAGCUAAGUUAUAUGCCACUCAAGAACAGAUGAAUCUUCCAAAAUUGAAACUCACACAAGAUGUUGUCACUAGGUGGAACUCCACUUUUGAUAUGUUGCAAAGGUUUGUCAAAGUGAAGGACGCUAUAAAUUCUACAUUGGCAGUUCUUCAGGCAAAUGUAGAUAUGUUGUCUUCAGAAGAAUGGAUAAUUGUUGAGAAAGCUUCAGUAGUUCUAGAAAUAUUUUAUGAUGUGACAAAUGAAAUCUGUAGUGAUCAAUAUGUCACAUUAUCAGUUGUGUUGAUUUUUACUAGUGCCAUUUUUGAAUCUAUGAAAAUGUAUGAACAAGAUAUUACCUUACCAAUUGAAAUAAAAGAAAUGGUAUCUACCUUGAAACAACAAACAAUUUCUCGUUUGAAACCACUGGAAGACAAUGAUCUUGUUACACAGGCUGCACUAUUGGAUCCACGCUAUAAGAAAUUGGCAUUUUCAAAUGUAAAUGUUAAUAAUUCCAUUAAUGAAAAUCCACAACAAAGUGAUGAGUCUACUUGUAUCAAAAGUUCACUGUUGUGUAAAUCAUUUGAUGAACAAUACAAUAGACAGAAAGCUUCACAUAAUCCACAGGCAGCUGGAAUUAUAGAAGUUGAUAAAUAUUUGAAUGAGCCAAUUUUAAAUAGGCAUGAAAACCCUCUUACCUGGUGGAAUAGUAGGAAGUCUCAAUAUCCACGUUUAUAUAACUUAGUCUUAAAAAGAUUAUGCAUUGUAGCUACAUCUAUUCCGUGUGAGAGACUCUUUAGUAAGGCUGGAAUGACAUUAACUGAACAAAGAAACCGAAUUAAACCAAGCAAAGCGUCUCAAAUACUUUUUUUAAACCAAAAUCUUUAG